UCCUGGCGACAGUAACUACAACAUCCCGAGUCCGCUUUUGCAGCUUGGAUAUCAGAAACAACUGAUAUAAAAAAUACACGGAGAGAAGAAGAGACCUAUACCUGUAGUCAUAUCUGUGAUAUUUAAGCGUGUUGAAAGUGAGUUGAGACAGGGAUGGCGGAGGAAGAAGAGCGCGGACCCGGUUCGGUUUUUCAGACGUUUGUGCUGAUGGAGGAUCUUCUGGAUAAACUUAAGGUUCUGGAUUAUGAACAGCAUGUUCUGGAUAAACACAACAUCAAACCCCUUUCCAGGCAUUAUUUUGUCUCUAGCCCUCAUGUGUUGUCAAAUCCUGGAGAGCAGUUCUAUAUGUUCAGUGUAAUUGCUGCCUGGUUGAUUUCUCUGUGCGGCCGGCCGUUUGACACACCGCAGGAAUAUGAUGACCCCAACGCCACUGUCUCCAACAUCCUGUCUGAGCUGCGUGCCCUGGGAGGCCAGGUUGAUUUCCCCCCAUCUAAGCUGAAGUCUGGGUCUGGAGAGCAUGUCGUUUAUGUUCUAGAUCAGCUGGUAGAAAAGGCGCUAAAAAGUAAAGGAUUCACCUGGGACAGGCCGAUAUACCCGUCUGUGGAGGUGGAAGACGAGUGUGUGCAGGAAGAUGAUGCUGAGCUCACACUCAGUAAAGUUGAGGAAGAAAUUACACAGGAGGAUGAGGAGUAUGAAGAAGAGGAUGGCCUUGAUUUAGAUGCAUUGAAGACCAGAACCAAUCCGAGUGAACUCAGUGGAUGGAGGCCUGCGGUGGUUCUGGAGUCAGAUGUUGAUGCCGCUGAAUGGAAUCUGGAGGUGGAGCGAGUUCUUCCACAACUAAAAGUCACCAUUCGAACCGACAACAAGGAUUGGAGGAUUCAUCUUGAUCAAAUGCAUCAACAUCAAGAAGGCAUCAACACAUCCUUGCAAGAUGCCAAGGGGUGUCUCUUUAAAUUGAGGGAGGACAUCAGUAAAACACUGGAGAAAGUGAGCAGUCGUGAGAAAUAUCUCAACACUCAGCUUGAGCAUCUUAUUUCAGAGUACCGCCAGGCACAAGCACAGCUCAACAAGGUAAAGGAGCUUUAUCAGCAAGCCAGUGGAGGCGUCACAGAGAGAACCAGGAUUCUAGCUGAAAUCAGCGAAGAGCUAGAAAAAGUCAAACAGGAAAUGGAAGAGAAAGGCAGCAGCAUGUCUGAUGGAGCUCCAGUGGUGAAGAUCCGUCAGAGUCUUACCAAGCUGAAGCAGGAGAUCGAGCAGAUGGAUGUUCGGAUGGGAGUGGUGGAGCACACGUUACUGCAAGCCAAACUCAGAGAGAAAAACAACAUGACCAGAGACAUGCAUGCGACACACCUCUUAGAACCCAACACACAAACUUACUGAGAAACUUACUGUUGGUUAUAUUUGGUGUUUAAAUAAGUGUAAAUAACUAAAUAUCUAGUAUUGAACAAUAAAGUAAAUAUUCUCACUACUAUAAGCUUUGCUCUCAAAGUUUGCAGAAGUCUCCGGAGAAAGAGAGAAGGGUGUUGGUUACAGAGGAUCCUGAGCUAAGCAUUACACACACAUGUAACCGUUCCAUGAUGUCAUCCUCACACCCUGCACAGAAACACUAGAGAUUAUUCUGGUCUGCACAUGCCCAAGUUAUCAGUCCACAUCCUGAGGAAACAUUUGCUGUGUCUGUUUUCUGCCUAAGAACAAUGAACUUUUUGUUGUAUUUCUUUAUUGAAUUGUAAUAUUUGUAGGAAUUCUCAAUUAUAAAUAGUACUUAUUUGCAGCAACUGUAAAUGGUAUGAUACCACUGAUCUAUAUAUUCUCUAUUAUAGAUGUAUAGUCUGUAAUACCCAUUAUCCAAAUGACUAUUCUUAAUUGUGAUUCCAAAUUAUUAAUAAUAAUCCCAUGAACUUUCUACAAAUUUACAACUUGCCUUUUACUGACCGGUACUAAAAGCUGAAAUAAAAUCAGAAGCACUGUUACAGGUUUGUAGGCUAUCUGUUGCCUGUUGAACUCAUAGAAGUUUUUUU